UAUUUUAUAACCUCCUCCUUUUUUGAAGUCGGUUAAAAAAUAAUGUCAAAUACCAAAUAAUUGUUACCUAUGUUCCACAAAUUAAUAUUUUUGAGUCUGACGUUCUUUUUACAGGCGCCCGACGUAGCAGAACUAGGUGCUAUAGGCGAGACUCACAGCUACUCUCUCUCGGUCCGCUCCCUAGCACACGUUGGCCUAGUAGGAGCACCCAACGCGGGAAAAAGCACAUUGCUUCGUGCGGCCACAAGGGCGCGUCCUGCCGUCGCACCGUAUCCAUUUACUACACUACAGCCGCACAUAGGCAUGGUGCAGUACGACGACUACGAGCAGGUGGCGAUAGCGGACUUACCCGGGUUGAUUCCCGGCUCGCACAAGAACUAUGGAUUAGGCAUCCAGUUCCUCCAGCACGUGGAAAGAUGUCGCGGGCUGAUAUACCUACUAGACGGGUCCACAGAUCCUCAGGAACAGUACGAGAGCUUGGCCUACGAGGUGGCGCAAUACAACGCGGAUCUGGCCGACAGGCCUCAAUGCGUCGUCGUGAACAAGAUUGACCUCCCAGAAGGGAAGAAGAACUUCGAAAUACUAAAGAAGCAGAUGCAAGUCAUCGGUAUAUCGGCAAAGACCGGACAGAAUCUGGUAGAACUGCUAAAAGUUGUUAGACGCAUGUACGAUAGCGGGAAAAGCUGAAAGUGUGAUAUUUAGUAAUUAGCUCUAUUUAUAUUAUUCCGAGUUGCCACCCUGGGGGCGAUUGGGAAUUGAAACACUUCCCAUAUUACCCCACUGGAAUGUUUAGGCACCCGUAUCAUACGUUCCAUAUCACCACUAGUCGAUUGUUUUUCUUAGAUCAGUGGUAGGGUUAAUACUGGGACGUGUAAAAGUGCAUAAAUGAGUUUUAGAUCAGUCAGUGCCUGGGUGUUUUUGUUACCUCAAACGUCAGCGAGACUUCAGAUUUAUAGCUUUCCGCCGGCGUGGAAUUUUGGCUGACACAGUACUUUAUCGCGCGCGUCCCUGUUUCAAAAGCCGGGAUAAAAACUAUCCUAUGUCCUUUCCCGGAACUCAAACUAUCUCUAUGCCAAAUUUCAUCAAAAUAGCUUCAGUUGUUUAGCCGUGAAAGCGAGACAGACAGAUAGAGUUACUUUCGCAUUUAUAAUAUUAGACAUUAGUAUAGAUUUAAUCAAAAUUGGUUCAGUGGUUUAGGCGUGAAAGCGAGACAGACAGAGUUACUUUCGCAUUUAUAAUAUUAGUAUAGAUUAGUGUAGAUGUCACGUCAUUAUUGUGUCAAUGUCACCCCUCCAGUUUCGCUGCCAUACCUCAGGCACUGACUGAGUUAAGCGCUAAACCGAAAAGUGCUCAGCAGUGGCAAGUAAUAUUUUCAAUAAUUAUUAUGGCAAAUAAAAUUAUUUCAUUUUAUUAAAAAAAACAUUUCCCAAUCGCCCCCAGUGCUCCACUAGGGAAAACUGGGGAUAAUUUUCCUUAUUUAGGGUACACUGGGUGCAUAAUUUGACCCCGCUAUUUUCUUAUUAAUUUAAUACUGAAUUAGACUUGACAUGAUGUAAAAAUGUAAAUAAAACAAUUCAUCAAUUACAAAUUCUUAUUUUAUUAUUAUUUCUUUAAUUAUUCUAAUCACAAUCUCAGAUCUAUAUCCUAAUUUAAUAAUACAAUAAUAAUUUCAGUCAGUUCAAUAAAAGGCAAAUUGAUUGGUAACUUAAUAAUAAUAAUAAU